GAGAAAUCGAACAGUUGGGGGUAUGUCGAAAAAAGUGAGGUGCCAUUAGAAUUUUAAACCGACUCUGGUCGAAUGGACAACAAACCCAGGUACUCUGCAUGCAUUUUACUCUCUCUCUCUCUCUCUCUCUCUCUCUCUCUCUCCUCACUGACUGGAAAUGGGACGGGAUUUGCCCCAUAUUCCCCCUGAGCUCAUCUUCAACAUACUCUCAAGGCUAUCCGUCAAGUCUCUGUGCUGUUUCAAAUCGGUUUCCAAGCCAUGGCACGCUCUUAUCACCGACCGCCAAUUCGUCAAAUCUCACCUCAAUCGCCAAUCUACCAAAGACAACAAAACCCAGAAGCUAAUACUGGCCUGUCAAUAUUCUCGCAAUGUCUACUCCCUUGAUUUCCAGGCACCUGACCCCGCCAUAACCGAGCUCCAAUUACCCUAUAAGCCUAUCGUUACAAUUCUGGGUUCACUUAAUGGUAUCUUACUUAUACGCACUGGUAGAACCUUACGGCUGUGGAACCCAUCAAUUAGAAUGUUCCAGAAAUUUACCCCACCUGAUUUCCCAAGUGGGUCUACAAUCUAUGGGCUUAGUUAUGAUUCUGCUAGUGAUGAUUUCAAGGUGGUUAUGGCUAUCAGGCCUUCAAGAAAAAAUGCCAAGACAGUUGUUCAUGUAUUUUCUGCUAGACUUAGUUCAUGGAAUAGGAUUGGAGACUUUGGUUACCAGAUCCAUGGUCGGACGUCGGGUACUGUUUUGAAUGGGGCACCACAUUCGGUUGUAGAACGACUGGGUGCGGAGAUGGGUGCUGUGAUUGUUUAUUUUGAUGCUACUGAGGAGAAAUUCAAGGAGGUUCCCUCACCUGAUUGUGAAGGUGCGAAUAUACUUGUUAGUUCGUGCGGUGUUGGUUUGGGGGUUUUGGGUGGAUCGCUUUGUGUGGUUAAGAGGCAUUACGAGGGUCAUGCUUCUUGUCAUGCCGAUGUUUGGGUGAUGAAGGAAUAUGGGGUGAAGGAAUCUUGGUCCAAGUUGUUUGUUGUACCAAUUGAAUCAGGAGAGUUCUCUUCCUACCGCUGUAUGCCGUUGUAUUAUGCAAAUGAUGGAGAGGUUGUAAUGGUGUUGGAUUCGGAGAAGUUAGUCAGCUACAAUCCGGAAGAAAAUAGUUAUCAGACAAUUUCGAUUGCUGAGGUUCGCCUUGAUCAGUUUGAUGUGGCUUUAUAUGUGGAGAGUCUUGCUUCACCUCAUGGUGGGAAUGAGAUGAAAGGGCAACCCUAAUCAUGUGGAAAUGGAAGUGAAGCAGUUUAGAUAGGGGUGAAUUCAUCGGCAAAAAGGAAUCCCAAUCCAGAUUUGUUGGCCAUCCAUGGAUGACAGCAAUAUACGUUCAUGGCAUCUGUUGGAUUCUGCAAAGAAAUGGGAGAUUUCUAAGGCUUCAAGAAGAAGAGAGGAAGAUCAUCUAGAUUAGGCGAACUUAGACGCAGU